AUGCAGUUUACUCUUGCCACUGUCGCCGCCCUCUUUGGCGCUUCUGCCCUCGCAGCUCCCGCUCCUCAGGCCAACGACGCCCCUAGGCCUUCUGAGAACAUUGACAUCUCCAACUUCUCCGUCCGCAAGGAGCAGGACGGCACUCUCGUCAACAUCAGCUUCAACCUUAGUGGAGAUGACGCCAAGGACUUGCUUUGCGAGAGCGCCAACCCUGAGCUGCCGUCGACAGAGGUCGUCACAUGCGGCGACUCCAAGUACCGCUUCACUCUAAAGGAGGGCUCUGAGACUGAGUUUGCCCUGCGGAUCUACCACGAGCUCGGCCUUGCUGUUGGCUUCUGGGGUGAGGGCGAUGUUCCAGCCUACUGCCACGCUGGCGGUCUUGACCAGUUGCUUUGCGCCCAGACUAACCCUACAACUAUUGUCAUCGACAACACUCCCCCUCCCGUCAACCCUUAA